AUGGCCGGGGAAUUGAAGUGGCAGAUCGAGACGAUCAGAUUGAGCGACGGGACUCGGCGCCACAACCGCAGACUUCCGUGCGCUAAAGAUGUCAGUCAUGAAAAUGAAAAUGCGUUCACACACUUGUGCAUUGCUCUCAUACUGGCCGUUCUUGCCAUGAAAAUUAGCAACCAUUCUGCCAUCCCAGUGUAUACCAUUUCAGGCUCAUCUACCGCUCGACCACUCCCAGAAUGGCUCGCUCGCAAACGAAAGCGAAGCCUCAAGAACGAUCCAGAAUAUGCGAAUCGCGUCGAACUGUUGCAGGAUUUCGAAUUCGAGGAGGCAAGUCACUGUAUACGCGUUAGCGAUGACGGUCAAUGGGUGAUGAGUACUGGCACAUACAAGCCUCAAAUUCAUACCCAUCAUCUGCCUCAUCUUUCAUUGUCUUUUGCCCGCCACACUUCGUCUCUUAACACAACAUUCACUAUCUUAUCAUCAGACUAUACCAAGUCAUUACAUUUACAAGCCGAUAGAUUGCUAGAGUUUCAUACGCCCCUCGGUUGCCAUUACAAUACUAGGCUACCUCGGUAUGGUCGAGAUCUCAUCUAUAACAGACUGUCUGCAGAGGCUCUCAUACCCGCUGUCGGUGUGAAUGAGAAUGGACUCGGGGAGGUCUUCAGGCUUAGCCUGGAAGCUGGUAGAUUCAUGAGGGCGUACGAAGUUGAUGUUAGUGGUGACGAUACGAGAGUAGGAGGGCAUGGCGCGUUACAAGGAGGAGUCAACGUUGGUAGUGUCAAUACCGGGGCAAUAGCCGAAGGGAGCCACAGUCUCUUGGCCUUCGGUACAUCUUUAGGAACAGUAGAGUUUUGGGAUCCGCGAUCAAGAGGUCGUGUGGGAGUCUUGCAAAGCCCCAAGUAUGUGGAUGCCAUUGAUGGCAGACAAGAAGUCACUGCCCUCGAAUUCGAUAAAUCAGGUCUAGGAUUGGCAACGGGAUCUUCUACAGGGUUGAUACAUCUUUAUGACUUACGAUCUCCGCACCCUGUCCUAAAGAAGGAUCAAGGCUAUGGCUACCCAGUCCAGAACAUUAUAUAUCUUUCGUCAUCGCACUCCACUAGAUCACAGGUCGCAGAACCCAAGAUUCUCUCAGCUGAUAAGAGGAUCAUCAAAAUCUGGGAUGCCCAGGAUGGAUCUCCAUGGACUUCUGUUGAGCCUGCCGUCGAUAUGCAUCAUGUGGCUUGGUGCAGGGACUCAGGAAUGUUGCUAACAGCAAACGAGGGGCGACAGCAGCAUGCAUUCUUCAUUCCACAGCUUGGACCAGCUCCUAAAUGGUGCUCUUUCCUUGACAAUCUUGUGGAGGAAAUGGCCGAAGAUCCCAAUGAUGCCAACGCUUUUCAAAGUCAAAAGGCGGGCGAGGUAUAUGACAACUACAAGUUUCUUACCGUGCAGCAAUUAGAGUCUUUAAAUCUGUCUCAUCUAGUUGGCACUACUAGUCUCUUACGGCCAUAUAUGCAUGGUUAUUUCGUCGCGCAGAGACUCUAUGAGGAGGCAAAAUUGAUCGCUGAUCCAUUCGUGUGGGAGGAACAACGAAGCAAGCGAGUGAAGGAGAAGAUCGAUGCCGAACGAGAGAGCAGAAUACGUGGGAACAAGAAGAUUGCCGCUAAAGUCAACAAGCGGCUAGCAGAAAAAUUGAUGGACCGAGAAGAGAGGAGGGAGCGGAAUUUGGCCAAGAAAGUGCUUCUGAAUGGCGGGGAUGAACCACAACCGGGCAGUGAAAAUGUAGAGACAAAAGAGGACAAGCCAGCGAAACCAGACAAUCUCCUCGCUGAUCCUCGCUUCGCCAAGCUGUUCCAGGACGAGGCUUUUGCGAUUGAUGAGCGGUCGAGGGAGUUCCAAAUGCUGAAUCCGAGCACAAAACCCCUUUCGCCAGAGCGUACUACCCAAGAUGAGCGCAAACUGACAGCUGUGGAAGAGGAAGCCAUUGAUGACUUACGCGAAUCAGAUUCUGAAGAAGGAAGUUCAGAGUCAGAAGCUCCAAAAUCAAAGAGUAAACCCAAGGAGCGCAUAUCGUCCGCUUCGUAUAGGAAGUCUGGUCAUCUCCCUCAACAGACGACGAUGCAAGUUAGCUCGUCGAAGCAAUCUGCAAGAUCCCUUCAGGACCUUUCGUUCGGGUCACGAGCUGCGCAGGCCAAAGAAAGUAGAUCCGAUACACAUAGUGCUGCUAUCGUUGGCGAGAAGGAAAUCACGUUCGCACCCGAGAGAAAGAAAAAGAAGCAAGUCGUGCAGUACGAGAAGCCGAACCAGAAAAGAAAUCCAGACAGAAGGAGUGCGAGUGGGAACGUGUUCAGGAACAUGUAA